GAUUUCCUGAACUGCUGCCCCCCUUUCUCUUUUAUACAUUAUAUGCGCUCGCCAUCGCCCGUGUGCUGUCCUAAUAAUCUCCCUCAACAGCCUUUAGCUUUAUUCCCUGACAACCUUUAUUUUUAUUUAAAUCGUCCUGUUUCGCAUCCCUGCAUCCAGUUUGUCCAUCAUUUGAGGCAGUCAUGAGUACUUGUAUGGAGAAUACAGACUGGGACUUCGUCUUGCAGUUCGUCUCAGAGCCUUUGGAGAUGGAAUUUUCUCAUGUGCCUGAAAGGCCCGUCGCAGAACGUACACAUUCGGCGGUACCUGUGCAGGUACCAACACCCCCCGACUCGUUUACCUCGUCACCGGUUGACCCACCGGGAGAGGAAGACGCACUCGUCUCUGUGUCCACAACGUUCUUUCCUGGAGCAAACAUCUGCUCACACCCACCAGAUCUCGUGCUGCUGUCAUCCGACUCUAUAUUCUUUUAUGUCCACACGCGCGCGUUGCUUGGAGUUUCUCAAAAUAACUUUGGCGGUCUGUUACCAAUGUCAUCCAAAGCCACGGCCGGUCAGCUGGGUCCAGUCUUGGUGGUCUCAGAAUCUUCUACCAUUCUCAAUAUCGUACUUCACGCCGUAUACGACAUGACAUGCUCCCAUUAUUCUCCUUCAUUCGAGUCCCUUGCAACAGCAUUAUCGGCACUGACAGAUUAUGGCGUUUCUCUCAAGCGCCACGUUGGCCCUUCUUCUGCCCUGCACUCGCUACUUCUCUCGCAUGCACCUCUUUACCCCUUGGAACUCUACGCAUUAGCUGCUUCACACGACCUCUACGACCUCGCCGUUCCAACUUCAUCUCAUUUGCUCUCCUUUUCCCUCGCGUCCUUGACAGAUGAGAUGGCGGACAGAAUUGGCGCAAUAUAUUUGAAACGAUUAUUUUUUCUCCACUUUGGCCGCGCAGAUGCUUUGAAACGUCUCCUCCUACCACCACCUCAUCCACAUGCCCCCACCAAUAACUGCGAUUUCACCGAGCAGAAGAGGCUCACAAGGGCCUGGGCUCUCGCAUCCGCAUAUCUCGCUUGGGAUGCCAGACCAGACUUGUCCACAAACGCGAUUGAAUCUGCUUUGGCACCUCUAGGUGAUCAGCUAUCAUGCGAGCUCUGUCGAAAAGCACUUCGAGACCGGCUGAAGACGCUGAUUAUACAAUGGUCGGCAGUCAAGAGGACUAUCUAACUUGUAAAACGGCAUCAUUCGGAAGAGAUAUCUCUCACUCUGGACGGACAUACCCCAGGAAAUGCGCGCGCGCACUUCAUCUCUCAUUCCUUCAAUAGAUCGUAUCACUCAUCCCUUUCAUUUUUUUCACCGCAUUCAUCGUGUAACACUGCUCACUUUUUGUAACAUCAAUUGGAACUGUUCACUUCGGUGAACACUGCCACCGAGUCCAUCAUACACGACCUGUACUCAUUAGCUACCCUUUCCGUAAAUAGUCAGUCUUCACAAGUUUGUACUCCAUGG